AUGUCAGACGCCGAGAUGGACAUUGAUUCUGGCCCGGCGCCGCAAGGGGUACGUGACGAUGAUAUGCAGACCAAGACCGGCGCAAAAGCUGUCCGCAGUGUUGAGGGCUGGAUCCUUAUAGUGACCAAUGUCCAUGAAGAAGCGGACGAGGAAGCUGUGCAGGAUCGAUUCGGAAGCAAGAGCAGCCAUUGA